GCCGGCCUGGAGCUGGGCAUCGCGUCCUCGCCCACGCCCGGCUCCACCGCCUCCACGGGCGGCAAGGCCGACGACCCGAGCUGGUGCAAGACGCCGAGCGGGCACAUCAAGCGGCCCAUGAACGCCUUCAUGGUGUGGUCGCAGAUCGAGCGGCGCAAGAUCAUGGAGCAGUCGCCCGACAUGCACAACGCCGAGAUCUCCAAGCGGCUGGGCAAACGCUGGAAGCUGCUCAAAGACAGCGACAAGAUCCCGUUCAUUCGGGAGGCGGAGCGGCUGCGCCUCAAGCACAUGGCCGACUACCCCGACUACAAGUACCGGCCCAGGAAGAAGGUGAAGUCCGGCAACGCCGGCGCGGGCUCGUCCGCCGGCUCCUCGUCCUCCGACGACGAGUUCGAAGACGACCUGCUCGACCUGCACCCCAGCUCAAACUUUGAGAGCAUGUCCCUGGGCAGCUUCAGCUCGUCGUCGGCGCUGGACCGGGACCUGGACUUCAACUUCGAGCCCGGCUCCGGCUCGCACUUCGAGUUCCCGGACUACUGCACGCCCGAGGUGAGCGAGAUGAUCUCGGGAGACUGGCUGGAGUCCAGCAUCUCCAACCUGGUCUUCACCUACUAGGGCGCGCGGCCGGCAGCGGAGGCCGGGCCGGAGCGGAGGAGAGGAAGACGAGAGAGCGAGGAAGGGAGGAACGGAUGAAGAGUUGAAAGAGAAAAGGGAAACAAAAAAAGAAAAAAAAGAAAAAAAGGAAAAGGAAAAAAAAAAAGUGGGCAGGGCUGGCUUGGCGCGUCCCCGCCGUCGGAGAGGACCGCGCGCCCAUCCCCCGCCGCGGCCGGGGCCGAGAGGCGGAGGGGACCGGGCGACCCUUUGUUGUUGUUAGUGAUGUUGUUGUCGAUGGCGAAAAAGCGACUGCGAUUGCUCCCCGGCCGGAGCGCCCCCUCCGCCGCCGCGCGCCCGGGACUCGUCCGCGCCCCUCGCCCCUGGAGGAGCCCAGUGGUUUCCAGAACUGGAGAAGCCGCCCCCUGGCCUCGCCGCCCAGCCGUUUCUAGGGGGCUUCCUUCUGCACCUUGGGCAGAAGAAAGGAGGAAAAGAAAACUGCAGGGACCCCCCUCCCCUUUUAAUUUUCUUAAAUUUUUAAAAAUUUUUUUUAAAUGCCUGGUGAAGACCGGAGGCUCCAGGGUGGUGCAUUUGGCCGAUGGCAGAUGUUCGGGGGAGCGCAGGGACUGAGGCUCCACGCUGGCGAAUUCCUGUUUGGCUUUUUUUUUUUUUUUUUUUUCCCCCCCCUUUUUUUUUUUUUUUUU